GGGCUGCUCCUGGCCCUCUGGUACCUGGCUUUCUAUGAGCCCGUCAUCACCGAAAGCCACCUGCGGAGGAAGAACAUCGAGUUCAUCUUCAUCCGCUUCAGUGCCUGGCAAUACGCCGGCUGUGACAAGCUCUGGGCCGGUUUGGUCACCACUCUUUGCCACAGCAUCCGUCACCAUUUUGGGGCUCUGCCCCUCAGUGUUUACCAUGUCAUGGGCACCCGGCCCCGUUUCGCCUCCGGCUUCAGCCAGAAGGAAUGGGUGCUCAAGAGGGGCACCUGCCUGAAGCUUUGGGGGAUGCUCUUCGUCCUGGGCGCCGGCCUCAGCGUCCUGCUGGUGGCCAUCUUGGUGCCCGGCAUCAAGGACCACCAUGCUUUGAAGGUGGUGGGCAGCACCAUCACCUCGCUCUCCGGUUCCGGUUUGGUGCUGGGAGCUUUCUCUGUCUUGAAGAACCUGUUGGUCAGCGAGAAGCAGAAGAUCGAGCGAUUGACCAACAGCGAGAAGUUCACCAGCCAGUUGGGUUUCAUGAGCAAGGUGCGCAACGAGGUGGAGGUGCUGGUCGACUUCUUGGCUUUCAUGGAGAUCUUUGAACGCCGACGGCUCCGCGUGGUGAUGGAGAUCACCAGCCUGGACAUCUGCUACCCGGAGAAGGUGGCUGGCGUCCUCAACGCCAUGAACACCUUGCUCUCCGAUGCCAACAGCCCCUUCAUCUUCAUCCUGGCCGUGGAUCCCAGCGUCAUCAUCCCCUGCCUGGAGCAGACCAGCUGCAUGAAGGGUCUCGCUGACAAUGGUUACCUCUACCUCAACCGGACGGUGACGCUGCCCUUCUCCAUCCCGGAGAUGGGUGCCCGCUCCCGCCUGCAAUGCUUGGAAGCCGCCGUCCAAACGCGGGAGGACCUCAUGUACCGCAUCAUCACCAGCAACGUGGAACGACGCCGAGCCAAGUGCCAGGGCGUCCCGGUGGUUCCCAGCUGGCGGGAGGUGGACGCCGAAGCUGUCCGCUGCAUCCAUGAAGCUUUCCGCUGCCUCCACGAUGGUGCCGACCCUCUUACCCGUUACCUCCCCCCCAACGGCACCCACAUCCGCCGCAUUGUCAACACAAUUCCCAUCACCCUGCGUCUCCUGCUGCACCGUGCUGGCAACCCCGGCACCCCCUCGCCCCGUGCCGCCGCCGCUUGGGUGGUGUUGGCCGACCAGUGGCCGUGCCGGCUGAGCUGGGCCUUGCAGUGCCUGGAGGAUGCUUGGCAGAACCAGCCGACGCCGGAUUUCAGCACGCGAUCCUUGUGGAGCAUCUUCCAGGAGAACAUGGGGGAGCUGAGCGCCCUGCGGCAGCCCCUGCACAACGUCCUCAGCCUGGACGGGGACUCCGAACUCUUCCAGACCUUCCUUGCCAGCGACUUCCCCUUCACCGCCUGCGAUGCCCACACCUUCCUCGGCGUCACCGUCAACCUGGACCACUCCAUCCGGCACAAGAUGGGGCUCCUCCUGCACCGCCUGCAGAAAGCCACCGCCGCCGUGGUGUCCCGUAGCGUCCAGUGUCCCCACCCUGAGUGA